GCCAGACAAGGAGAUUGACCAUCAGGGCAACCACAUGAUAGUGAAGACCCUCAGCACAUUCCACAACUACAUUCUGGAAUUCGAGCUGGGAGUUGAGUUUGAGGAGGAUCUAAGGAACGUGGAUGGACGAAAAUGCCAGACAAUAGUCACCUGGGAGGAGGAGCAGCUGGUAUGUGUGCAGAAAGGGGAGGUCCCCAACCGAGGCUGGAGACACUGGCUAGAGGGAGAGAAGUUGUAUCUGGAACUGACUGCAAGGGAUGCAGUGUGCGAGCAGGUCUUCAGGAAGGUCAAGUAGCCAGAGAGGAGCUGAGGGCCCCUACAGAUGGCACCGGUCCCCAGACUCCUCUUGCUCGUACCCCUUCAAGCCCAGAUUGUGCCAGCCAUGAACCAUACAGACGUUUUCAGCCUGGAAAAACCAAAGUUCCAGAACAUACCCUGUUUCGGUCUGUGACUUGCUGCAUUUGUGAGGAGCCACAUUACAAGAUGCAAAAUGGAAGAAACAAUGGAUUCUUCUGUGACAGGGCCUUCCCCAGCCCCACCUCCUGUUCCCUGGUGUGGGCCAAGUCCUCUCGCUGGUUCCAGAUGUCCAGUUCCAGAUGCCUGGUCUCGGAGUGGGGAAAUGACCACUGGAGAAGCCCCCACUCCACAAGCUGCCCAGGCAAGAUGUGGUGGCUACUCCUCUGGGGAGUCCUCCAGGCUUGCCCCACGCAGGGCUCCGUGCUCUUGGCCAAGGAGCUACCCCAGCAGCUGACAUCCCCCGGGUAUCCGGAGCCAUAUCUCAAAGGCCAAGAAAGCUCCACUGACAUCGAGGCUCCAGAGGGCUUUGCCGUGAGGCUGGUCUUCCAGCACUUCGACCUCGAGCCGUCCCAGGACUGUGAGCAGGACUCUGUCACAAUCACAGCCAGUGGGAUGGAUCCAAGCCGGUUCUGUGGGCAGCAGGGCUCCCCGCUGGGCAGCCCCCCUGGUCAGAGGGAGUUCGUGUCCCCCGGGAACCGAUUGCGGCUGACUUUCCGAGCCCCCGCCUCCUCUCAGGAUGGGACCACUGGCCUCCACAAGGGCUUCCUGGCCCUCUACCAAGCUGUGGGUGUGACCCACCGUCGGCCCAUCGGCCAGGCCAGGGGAGCCUCUGAGGCCACCAGCGUACCUGGAGACCACCCCUCCAAGAUCCAGAACCCCUGCCAGGAGCCCUAUUAUCAAGCAGCGCCAACAGGGACACUCACCUGCACACCCCAGGGCCCCUGGAAGGGGCCACAGGACGGGGAGGAGCUUCCUCGCUGUGUGCCUGUCUGCGGCCGGCCCGUCACCGCCAUCGACCAGAACCAGGAGGCCCUGGGUUCCUCCAGAGCCAAGUUGGGCAACUUCCCCUGGCAAGCUUUCACCAACAUCUACGGUCGCGGAGGCGGGGCCCUGCUGGGCGACAGGUGGGUCCUCACGGCCGCCCACACCAUCUAUCCCAAGGACGGCAUCUUUCUCGGGAGGAACCGGAGCGUGGAUGUGUUCCUGGGCCACACAAGCAUCGACGAGAUGUUGCGGCUGGGGAGCCACCCAGUGCGCCGCGUGGUGGUGCACCCGGACUACCGCCAGCACGAGUCCCACAACUUCGACGGGGACAUCGCGCUCCUGGAGCUGCAGAGCGCCGUGCCGCUGGGCCCCAGCCUGCUCCCGGUCUGUCUGCCCGAGCGCCAGGCCCUCUACCGCAGCGGCGUGUGGGGCUACGUCAGUGGGUUCGGCGUGGACAGGGGCUGGUUGACCACCGAGCUGAAAUACUCACGGCUGCCCGUGGCCCCGCGGGCGGCCUGCCGGGCCUGGCUGCUGGAGAAGCAGAGGUCUGAGGUGUUUUCUGCCAACAUGUUCUGCGCUGGGGAUAAGAUGAGGCAGCAGAGUGUCUGCCAGGGGGACAGCGGUGGCGUCUAUGUGGUAUGGGAUGAGCGCGCCCAUCACUGGGUGGCCACGGGCAUCGUCUCCUGGGGCGUCGGCUGUGGCAAGGGCUAUGGCUUCUACACCAAAGUGCUCAACUACCGGGACUGGAUCAGGGGAGUGAUGGACGGGAAGGACUGACCCUGGGGGCCCUGGAGCAGUGCCACUCAGCUGUGGAGCGGCUUAGGAGGGAGGGCUGGGCUCAGGGAUGGGGACGGGGACAGGGAAUCCCUAUUCAAGUGACUGCUGCCCCGUCCCCUGUGCGAGAGAACUCCUCCUCCUUCCCAGCGCCCCCUCCGCCGCCGCCGAGGACUCCUUCCUCCUCCUCCUCCUCCUCUACCUUCCUUCCGUUUUGCGCUUGGCCCACAUCUCAGCCAGUUUCGCUUUAAACUUCAUCUCCUGCAGACACGGCUUCUUCCCUACUCUCCCGGGAGAUUGUCACCUUCUCAUCCCCUGUUCAAGUGGGGUUAUGGGGGAUGUGGUCUUAAGUGCUUUCAUUUCGGAAACAUUCCAAAGCCCCUCUAGUUGCCCUUCACACAUUCAAACUAUUGGCUUCACCCUGCACCGUAUCUCCUAGCUGCAAUCCUAGUAAAUAGCCCAUUUUGGCUUACAUGUUCUGCAUACCAGGCUCUUCACGGGUAAUUUCAUUGACUCCUCGCAGCAUGUUUGCAAUGGAGGUGUUAUUAUCCACAUUUCACAAAUGAAGAAACUGAAGCCCAGGGAGACAAAGUGACUUGCCCAAAACCCACAGCUGAGACGGGACUGCCAUGGGCUUCCCAGGACGCCAUGAUAGCUCCCGAUUGUCCUCAAGACCUACUGUGCUUCCCCUUCCCAAUCCUCGCAUCCUUACAGGUCCUCCCUGGGAAUUCCUGCUUCGGUGAAGAUGACAACACCUGGCUCACGCUUUUCUGCUGGCCCCAUCUCCUGCAGACCCCAAACUGAGCCCAGCACUGGGCUCGAUAUAGGAGCUGACACCCACCAGCGCUGCUGGACAC